CCAUAGGCUCUUUCGCCUUAGUCUCAUUCAACUAGCCAACUCGCAAAUAAGCUAAAACGAGCAUUUGAGAUGAAAAACACAAUCCCAUCAGACGUGUGGGAGAGGAAGAAAGCCUUGAUCGCUAAACUAUAUAAGGACGAAGAAUGGCCUCUCAAACAAGUCAUUAAGCAAAUCCGGUCCGAUGACUUUAACCCAAGUGAGACUCAGUUGCGGAGUAGAUUAAAGAAAUGGCGUGUUACCAAACCAUCUCGCCAGACUCGGAAGAAGUCUCAGGAUGACCAACAGGACGUCAAUGGGGAUAGCAGUAGCCACGAGGCAGGGUCUCCAAAGGAUGAGAUUCCAAUUUCUCCUAAGACCCAGUUGUAUUCGACACAGAAAUCAGCUGCCGUAUUACCCUCUUCCGAACCAGACUUCUACUUGGGCGAUGGAACAUAUGUGCAUCAUGAUUUCCCUACUACAGGAUCCUUCGACAACCAGAAUGCUUCCAACGCCUGGGCUCACGAUAGGGAUUCUUCCGUGGUAGUUAUCUCUAACUCUAACUCCUUCGAGCCAUCUUCCCAUACCUCGCCUCUAGCAAAUGGCGUUCUACUUGACUCGACAUCCCCGAUGGUCUCACCCUUUCAAAACUCUCAUUAUGCGGUGACAACAGGUCCACGCAUGACAACUCCGACAACUGCAGCAACAGCGCCCAUCAGUUGGGUCGUUCCUCAGUGGUACCCAGUACAGCUAGAGGCUAGUGCUCACCCUCCAUCGAUGCCAUACUAUACCGCCCCACCUCUGAGCCCCUCCAUCGAUCCAGCAAUGCAGAUGGUAUCUCCACACCCUCCUCAUCGGCUAUAUUCACCCCCCUCGCCAGGGUGCUCAUUCUCGCAUGAGCAGGUGUUCGACCCGCAUGACGCGCGGAAGCCAUCUCUCCGCGCCAUGCCUGUCUCCUAUAGUCCCGGUACCGCUGGCGGUCACUUAAGGGCCAACCAAAAGGGAGGGCAGCAGGAGAAGAAGAUGUCACUUCCUACCAAGUUAUCCAGCCACUCUCCGGCUGGACCAGUGAUGCAUUCCCCUCUUUUCCCUAGCGGACAUCCUGUGAUGUGUGCGCCGUUUCCUUAUUGA